UAGGACUAUAUCUCAGACACAAUGAGGAUCUUGCGUACCACCUAAUCUGAAUAGCAACUGGUAGUGCUGAUUAACAUGGUGACUUCAGUGAUGCAGUCGUCAUAGCAACUGACAAAUUCCUUUCAAGCGAGAUGCACACUUUUUGUAUGAAUCUAGAAUCUGCUUAAUCUUCUUUUUACCGACUUGUCACCUUUGCUGCCUUUUUCAUUGUCAUUGGGUUGAUCACUGCAGGAACCAGAUCAGCUGUGUGGAUCUCACAUCAUUUUAGAAAGAAUUUAUAGUCAUCCAAUAUGGGAAGUAGACGAUUUAUGUACUGUAAAGUGGUACUGGCCACGUCAAUGGUAUGGUUUAUGUUUGAUGUUGUGUUGUUACUUUACUACAGUGACUGUAAUAGUCUUGCCAAUAAACCUUGUAAUGAUGGAGGUCCUAUGCCUGGAGAACCAUUACAAUCAAGAAGAGAGAACAUAGUGGAUCCCAAUGCCCCUGGUGAAAUGGGCAAGGGGGUUGUUAUAGCACCAGAGGAGGAAGAACUUAAAAAAGAGAUGUUUAAAAUUAACCAAUUUAAUCUUUUAGCUAGCAAUAAAAUAUCUGUUAAUCGGUCUCUUCCAGAUGUCCGAAUGGAUGGAUGUAAAAAGAAGACGUAUCCGCCUCAUAAUACGUUACCAAAGACUAGUAUAGUUAUAGUAUUUCAUAAUGAAGCUUGGAGUACGCUUAUAAGAAAUGUACAUAGUAUUAUUAAUAGGUCACCUAGGAUGCUCUUAGAAGAAAUUAUUCUAGUAGAUGAUGCCAGUGAGCGAGAUUUUCUUGGCAAGGAACUUGAAGAUUAUGUGAAAAAACUUCCUGUUCGAGUGAGAGUGGAGCGUAUGGAUAAAAGAAGUGGUCUAAUACGUGCAAGGUUGCGUGGUGCUGGAGUUUCCACAGGGGAAGUGAUUACAUUCUUGGAUGCUCAUUGUGAGUGUACGCAAGGAUGGCUGGAGCCAUUGAUGGCAAGGAUAGCAGAAGACAGAUCCAGAGUGGUUUGUCCCAUUAUUGAUGUGAUCAGUGAUGAGACGUUUGAAUUUCAUGCCGGAUCAGACAUGACUUAUGGUGGAUUCAAUUGGAAGCUGAAUUUCAGGUGGUAUUCUGUACCAAAACGGGAAAUGGAUAGAAGGAAAGGAGAUCGAACCAUACCACUGAACACACCCACAAUGGCGGGAGGUCUUUUUGCAAUUCAUAAAGAUUACUUUGAAGAGAUUGGUACCUAUGACGCAGGUAUGGACAUCUGGGGAGGUGAAAAUCUAGAGAUGUCAUUCAGGAUUUGGAUGUGCGGUGGUACGCUUGAGAUCGUGACAUGUUCGCAUGUGGGCCAUGUUUUCCGUAAGACUACGCCAUACAGCUUCCCUGGUGGGACGGGUGCAAUUAUCAACAAAAAUAAUCGACGCUUAGCUGAAGUAUGGAUGGAUGAUUAUAAAACAUUCUUUUAUAAGAUAUCCCCAGGUUCCAAAAAGUCAGAAUAUGGUGAUGUAACAAAUCGUAAGCAACUAAGGGAUAAGUUGCAGUGUAAGAGUUUCAAAUGGUAUUUAGAAAACAUCUAUCCAGAGUCUCAGUUUAUGAUGGACUAUAAUAUGAUUGGUGAGAUCCGCAAUAUGGAAACGAAGCAAUGUCUGGAUAACAUGGGAAGAAAAGAAAACAAUAAAGUUGGAAUAUAUGCCUGUCAUGGUCAGGGUGGCAAUCAGAUUUUCGCCUGGACUAAGAAGAAGGAGUUGAAACACGAUGACUUAUGUCUGGAUGCUUCGCGGCAGAGUGGUUUUAAUGACAUUAUGCAGUUAAGAUGUCACAAUCAAGGUGGAAAUCAAGAAUGGAGCUUUAAUAGAGAGUUGAACGUGAUAACGCAUGCAACAAGCGGCUUGUGUCUGGACAAAGCAGAUACUGGUAAAGAUACACCCACACUGCGCGUAUGUGACAAACGCCUCUCACAGCAAUGGGAGUUGGUAGACAUAUCGAUGCUUGAAGAAUAAUUCUACCAUCCAUAUUUUAUUUGACAUAUAGAACAAAGCAUCUGGACCAUUAUAAGAAAAUAUAGUACCACAAUAUAUGCAGGAAAGGGCAAGAAAAGUUUAGCUUUCCCAGUUUAGUAUUUAUGUUUUGUGAUUACCCCGAGAUGCCUUCAUGACAGAGAAGAUUAAGCGAUAUUAAAAAAAUGUUUUUAAUUAUAA